GCCCAUUUGUAAACACAUCUGACCCAAAAACACUGAUUAAAGUAAAUUUUCCGGUGCGGACGUUGUUGGAACUUGGAACCAUGGACCCGCGCCACGCGUCUCCAGGACGCGGGACUUUUCUUCGUCUUCCUCUUCGUUUGCUUGAUAUCGUCAUGAGAAAGCUUCUGCGUGGCCGGAUAUUAGCGAAAUUCCGAAUCCCGUCGGUGACUUCACCUCAUCUUCCAGUGACCAGAGCGGGAAUCGAUAAAUCUGAGUUGGGGGUGCCGAGGUUAGUGACGGUUCUGUUGAAAGUGACGGAGAAGGAGCUCUUAGAUCCUGGAAGUUUUGCCGACAUUGAAGGAUAGUUGAGGUUUCUUGGCAAAGUUGUUCCACUGCAAGUGACUGCUUCACCGGCAAUGAGUUUAAGGGUUCUUGAACUGUAGUUCAAGCUGCAGAGAAAGGCGAUGUGGUCUGCUUUGUCCAGUGCAUAGACAAGUCCAGGGUUUAGAGCGGCUAUUGGGUCCACAUGUCCAGAUCCAUAAGCAAACUCGGUCGAUGCAUAGCCAGAUCCAUAAGCAAACUCGGUCGAUGCAUUCAUUGGCCAAGCUGCAAAUAUGAGGUAAAGAGACUGUAAUAAGAGCAGAGGUUACUAAGAAGACAAGAAAGUAAAAGCUGGAUACGAUUUUUGCUUCCCGGUUGUCAUGAUGACUGAUUGGAUCAUGGAAGGAGACCAAUCAGGAUGAAAAGUCUUGACGUACGCAGCCACGCCUGCAACGUGUGGACAAGCCAUUGAAGUUCCAGAGAGAAUAGAAUACUUCACACGUCUUGUGUCGUACCCUUCGGGAGCUGGUGAAGCCAAAGGUGAAUAGGCAGCGAGGAUCGCCACUCCUGGUGCUGUUACAUCCGGCUGCAAUCCAUCCACCAUUGUCUUUCAGACCAAGGGGAACAAAAAAAGCAUCAAGAAGUCAAGAACUUAAAAAUGUUAAUACCUUUAGAAGAUCAACAGCGAUGAGAUUUGGACCGCGAGAAGAGAAAGAAGCAACUUGAGGAGCUUUCUGAUUAAAGAUUGCCUCAGUUUUUAGAACAGUGCCUUGCGGGGACCUGAGGAAACAAACAUAGAGAGAUAUCAGGACAAAGAAGGGAUAAAUCUGGAGCAAGUGUAAAAUGUGAAGAGUAUAAAAAAGAGACAAGAUCGUUUGUUACUUUGUGGAGUUAACGUAAGAGACGACUGAGUCAAAGUCAUCUUGUGAUAGAGCAGACAUGGGCCGAGAGGUAACUCCGGAUGCAUAGCCUUCAUAGUCUUCAAAUAUGGAUGCAACAGCUACUUCCGAACUAAUUUUGUAUCUGGAAACCAAGAUCUUUCCCUUUACCAGAGAAUCGUUAAAAGAUUCUCCAUACAUAAGAGGAUACAUCUUCCCUUUGAGAUCAAAAGCAUUUAUUGAUGUCCCCUGUUAAAUACAAAGACGACAAGUAAUAUAGAGAGACACAGAAGAUAGAGAAAUGAGACCGUCACUUGAUACUUACCACAAGCGUCUUGCCGUUUCCGAGAACAACUUUGGUGACAAACUCUCGGUUCAUGGUGCUGGCUGCAGCGGUUAAGACCCAUGGUGCUAUGCUUAUAACGGUGGCCGCCUCCGGACCGCUGUUACCGGCUGAUUGCACAGUGAGGAUCCCUUUGGUCAUAGCGUGAAAAGCCCCGAUCGCAAUCGAAUCCUGUUCGUAUUUUUGGGGAAACUUCCCCCCGAGGGAGACGCUGAUGAGGUCAACACCGUCUGCUAUGGCGUCGUCGAAAGCAGACAGUAGAGCUUCCGAGGAACGCCGCCUCUUGCCGUUCCAUUACCGAGUCCAAAGAAGAUUGUGUUGGCGACUGCGUUUCCAGCCGCAGUGGACGCUGUGUGCGUACCGUGGCCUUGGUUGUCCCUAGUGCCUUCCUUUGUGUAGUCUCUUGCACCGAUCAACUUGCUGAUACAUUGUAAACACAUAUCAUCAAUCUCUUCCCAAAACGAUAUACUAAUCUUUAAAGCGAGAAUUACUUGUUGCAUGUGAAGUUUUUACCGCCGGAGCAAACACCUUUCCAUUUCUUAGGAGGAAGACCAAAGCCUUUGCCGGAAAAGCUCUCGGAUUCCGGCGUGAUCCCGGAGUCGAUGACGCCGAUAAUGGUAUCACUUUCCACGGUCGGGUUCCUUUUCGUCCUCUCGCCUUCCUUUAACCCAAUGAAGUCCCAAGACGCAGUAGUUUGGAGUUGUAACUUAUAGUUCGGGAACACAGACACAACUAACUCCAUUUCUACGCAAAACGUAUUAUGGUUUUGAUUAUGAAACCUUUCUCUAGAAUCAUUUCAACAUAAAAGCUAAGUGUCACGAUCGAAGAACACUCACCUGCUACUCGUUCUCUUUCUGACUCAGUGAGUCGGGCCGCGAACCCGUUAAAACUCCUCUUAUAACUUCUCACCAAACGACCCUCGAUCGAACUACGUAUACAUCACUUUUUAGAAUCCUCAUAACGUUAUAUAUUAUAACUAAAUCAAUGACUAGAGAAUGAGGUAAUUAAAGCAUACCUUUCUCCAGUGACUUCUUGAAGAAUACUUAUGUGGUUCGACAUUGGUGUGUAGCCCGGUCGAGACGGAAGUGCACCCAUGUAGACAAUAUACACCUUCGUGGAUUAUUGUCAUCAUCAGUUCAUCAUGUAAGAUAAAACGUAGUAGGAAGGAACAAAAAUAUCUUGAUAAUUAUCAAUAUUAUGUAUAUAUAGAUCAAUAUACUUGUUUAUCUCCAAGAUCAUCUGUGACUGCUGAAACUGAACUCAAUAGCAAGACAAGGACGCAUGAGAGGAGACAAAAGGAAGCUGCUCGUUUGGCCAUCUUUUUUCUUAUGUAACGAGUUCAAGUUUACUGUAAGUAAUUUCACAAUCUCUGUGGAGAUGUAUAAAUAGUAGUAUUACCA